AUGGCGGUCAUCGCCGAGUCAGACUCGAAUGAUGACCUCCUUCCUGUGCUUAUUUUGUCCCACGACAAAGACGACGAGACGCGUCACGAAUCGUCCAACGAUGCCCCGCGACAAGAAGUCGUGCUGGUGCUGUCGAGGAGCAGGUCGGCGACACCCGCGUCCCGUGGCGAGUCGCCGUUGCAGUCCAUCAACUGCCGCAGUCCGCCGACGGCCGCCUCUUCCGGCUCGGCCAACUCGUCGUCCAGCUCGCUGCAACUGGCAGGUCGGCUGGCCACCAGGCCGCCUCGGAUCCUGGAGAGCCCCAUGGACUCCAAGUCUCUCAUUUCCGGCGAGUACUUUACUCGGCAUUUUGGUGCACCCGACAUUUCGGCGUGGGAGGUGAAUCGUGGGCCGCCGAUCACGAUCACGCUGAAGAAGGGUGGCCCGGGACUCGGGUUCAGCCUGGAAGGCGGCAAGGAUUCCCCGUACGGCGACCGACCUUUGACCGUCAAGAAAAUCUUCGUCGGUGGCGUGGCAGACAAGGAGGGCACCUUGCGUGUGGGCGACGAGCUGUUGUCGGUGAACGCUGUUCCUCUCGCCACGAUGUCGCGCCUCGAAGCCUGGAACUGCCUGAAGCGGCUGCCCGACGGCGACACGACGCUCGUCAUUCGACAGAAGAUCGAGAAAACUGCGCCGUCGGCUCCGUCCGCGUCGCAGCAAAUAACCAUGGAGCUGUGCUCGUCCGUCAAGAGUCCUUGAUGACUCUCGAUCGGGCGAUCCAUGAUGAUGAUGAUGAUGAUGAGGUUCCCCUUCUCUUUUUGAACAGGGACUAUCGCGGUGAAUUCGUUAUAUGACACCCAGACAGACUACUGAGAUUUUUCCAUGAUAUCUUGAGCUUUUCAACCAGAAUUGUAUUUGUUUCGAGAAAUCGAGUGGGGUUUUAUUUUUUUUUUGGAUGAGAAAAAAGAAAAAGUUGUUCUGCCAGUAGGCUCUGCAUGUGUCCUCUUCGUUCUUAUCUCGAAACCAUGCAUAGUCUGAAGGACAUAUCUGCAAAAUUCCAUGAAAACUUAGCUUUAGGAAAAAAGGAAAGAAAAUAACUCCCAUGUUAAUCAGAAAAACAUUCCCUUUUUGCUAAUUUCCGAGAAUGCAGUAAAUUUUUUGAAUUAUAUUUGAAGAGAUUGUCCAGGUGGAUCAGAGUUACUGUGCAGUGAGAAUAACUCGGGUUUGGAACGUUUCCGUCCAUCUUAGCGAUGCAUUUUUUUAGAGUUAACAGAUGUCACUCGCUGGCACGAAUGCAUCAAAGUUUUUUCGGUGGUUCGUGCGGGUCUGCUGAGCAUUGUUACAAUAAUAAUCAAAGAUUCGUGGGAUAAUCGUGAUGCGCUUGUAGAUUCAGGAAGAGUCCCUACUUCGUUCUCCUCUUAUUUUUGCCUUCACGUUCUCUCUUUUGCGUAUUUCGAACAAGAUAUUAUUUGAGGCAACAUGGAGGCUAGACAUAGAAAAGUUGAAUUUUCCGCUGAACAGUAACUCUUUAUUAUUUUUGGACACCCCAGGAUGAACUGUGAAUGGUUGAGAGAGUCUUUUUAUUGCCCUAUCAAAGCUUAUUUCUUUGCGCCGAAUUGCUCGGAAUAUAAGCUGUGAAAAGGUGUCGAGAGCAAAAAGCCGAUCACGCGAGCUUUGCAAUGUCAAAGUUGUCGAGGAGAUCGUUGUCUUAGUUUUGCGAGAUUUUCGUCAGCAGUUCACGGUGACGAUGAAUCACAUCGUCUUGAACUGCUCAGAUAUAGUGCCAUAUUUCGUUCGACCUGAGGAUAUAUUUUAUUUUGAUGAUCGAUUUUGCUUUAAAACCGGUGAUCAGUCAAUCCUUGCUCACGUACGUCUUUCGCUUCCGGCGAAACAUUUUGUGUGACCCUAGCUGGUCACAUCGCUGUGAGUCGCUUUUGAUGUGAUCGCGUUCAUAAUGUCCGUAUAUAUGUCACGACUGUCAUGGACCUAAUUUCCCAAAAGCCUAUGCGUAUGUUCUUUUUUUUUCUUUUUAACGAGCAAUUGCAAAUACUCUUGAAUUGGGAUAAGCAUAUGUUUUUGUUCUCAGAAUUCUGCUUUUUCAUCUCGCUGUUCGCGGUUUUCGUUCUUAGGAUUCAAACAGUUCGUGUAUGAUGAUGCAUGAGGAAAGGAAGGAGCAGGAAAAAAGGUGUAUUCUGUUCUCUUGCGCAAGCUGGAAUUGCGAUGAGGUUCUUGUUGGAUUUGUUUUGGCGCAGGUUGGAAAUAAAAUCAUUUUGAUGCUGUUCUUCA